CUACCGUGAUAGCAACUACAAUUUAACCGAUCAAAAUGUUUACGAAAGUAAUUUCCUUGCUUUUCUUAGUGCACUGUGUUCGAUGUGCGCCUGCGGAAGACUUCCAAACGAGACCUUGUGCAGUUGACGAUUUUCAAUGUAUCAAUGAAUCUUUUGAAGCCUUUAUGACUAAAACGGCUUCCGGAAUUCCUGCUCUGGAUGUGAAAGCUAAUGACCCUCUCAUGUUAGACUCGGUCGUUUCAAAUGUAUUUGAAGGUGUUGUGGUGCAUUUCAAGAAUGUGACCGUAACCGGUCUUAGUAAACAGAAAUUAACUGAGUACAAAAUGGACACAUUGGCAAAGUCAAUUGUAUUUACUGUCACUUCGGAUAUAAGCACAGCUUCUGACGUGGAGGUAGAAUAUGAGGAAACAAAGAAGAAGUUCACCGGAACCCACACAGGCAGUGGCAUUCUCCGCUAG